AUGAGAAACCAUGAUGACAGCGCCUUUUUUAGUGAAUUUCAUUCUCCAGUUUUGAAGGAAAAACAAGGUGGUGAUAAAUCUAAAGCAGCAACUGCUACUGAGAAAGUUACAUCACAGAGGCACAAUAGCAAAAAACAAGUUAUCAAUCCUAGUUCUUCUAAAAGUAAAAACUCUGCUUCAUGCUCUUUUGAUGUUAAUAAAAGAAGGAAACUUGCUGCAUCUACAAAUGUAAUAUCUUCGAAUUGUGUAGAAAAAGACAUAAGAAAAAGAAAGAAGACUGUGAGUCAAUUUAAUAGUGUAACCAAGAGCUUUGGUCCUGCUGAAAUUUCCGUUAUGAAAAAAAAUCCUAAAAUGCAGCCAUUAGUAAAAUUAGUUGACCUUUACAAAGACAAGUGUAUCCCUGUUGUUCCCGAAGAUGGAUCAAAUUGUGUUGAAACAGAGAAUAAUUUUUCAGUGACUAAAAAGUUUUCUAAAGAGUAUAAAAAAACACCACAUGUGCCUUCAAAGUACUCAAUUUCUUCUUUUGAAACAAAUGAAGAAAUUAACUUGAUUGCUGAAUCAGAAAUAGUCGAUAGUGAGCCUAUUAUACGAAAAAAUUGUUCAUACCAGACAGUAGAAGCAGAACAUUGCUCGAACACAAUGGAGGUAGAAUAUUCUUCUGACAAAUCACUAGAGUUCGAACUUAGUUCAGACAAGACAAUGGAGAUAGGAACUGAAACAAAUGAUCUUUCUUCUUUUCAGGAAAGAGGUAAUUCUGAACAAGUUAUUCAUCAGAAUCAAGACUGUUCUUGUACAAAAGAAUUUUGUCCUCAGGAAAAAGAAACAACUAUUGGUGCUAAACUUAAACAUAAUGAUUCUUCCAUUAAUACCUUGGAUUCUAGUGUGAAUGGAGAAGAAUUCCAAGAAAAAAAUAAAAAUGAAGAUGCUGAUACCAUUCUAGAAGUAUCGGAUUUAAAACAACCCGAGAGCUUGGAAACUGAUAAAAACCCUUCUCCUAGUUUUGAUCUGAGCUUUAUCAAAGGUCGUAUGCAUCCUAGAACUCCCAGUCCCAGUCCUCCCAGUCCAUUCUGUCUUAGGAUUCCUAGUCCUCCCAGCAUUAUCAGAGGUCCUAGGCCUCCUAGAACUCCCAGUCCUCCCUCCAGUCCAUUCUGUCUUAGGAUUCCUAGUCCUCCCAGCAUUAUCAGAGGUCCUAGGCCUCCUAGAACUCCCAGUCCUCCCUCCAGUCCAUUCCGUCUCAGGAUUCCUAGUCCCUGUCCUAGGACCCCUAGUCCUCCCAGCAUUAUCAGAGGUCCUAGGCCUCCUAGAACUCCCAGUCCUCCCUCCAGUCCAUUCCGUCUCAGGAUUCCUAGUCCCUGUCCUAGGACCCCUAGUCCUCCUUCCUGUCUAUUCGGUCGAAGAUCUGCAGAAUUUAGUGAUGAUGACACCGAUGCCAUGUACACCCCCAAGUCUCCUCCAACUCCUGAUAGAAUUCCAUCAACAAUUGAUUGCGGACAACAAUGGACAUCAUCUUCACCAGUUUUUAGGAGAGGGCCCAGAACUCCUCCUGAUCCUUUACCCAGCACCCCUGAAGGUUUGUUCAUGCUUAAUUCUUCAAGCUGCCAGAAACUUGCCUUUGAUGCUGAAGGGUCUAGCAAUUGA